AUGUAUUAUUAUAAAAAUAACAGAGAUAAGAAAGAUAAGAAAGGUAAGAGGGGACGAAAGAGUAAGUUGAGGGAUAUAAAUGAUGACAUUAUGGCGCAAUUAUUCGUUGAGGAAACCGAAGUUGAUGAAAUGUUCAGUGAAUCGAGCGAUGAUGAAACAGAAUCUCAAAAGCAUUCUGAAUCAUCGCAAGCAGUGACGCAAUUAGGACUAAAAACAGCAGCGUUUAUUUUACAGGAGAUGAUAAUUAAUCCGAGCUCCUGUUGUUCCAAUCAAAAUGUCACGCUUCGUCUCGAUGACAAAUCCGCUAGUGGAAAUGCUUCACGCGAAACUUCAGCCGAUAGCCUGAAAGAUAGCGGCAUUUCGGAAACAUGCGAAUUGAAAGUAAAUUAA